AUGCAUAACAAGGUCUACGAUCUUACAGAGUUUCUUCCAAAUCAUCCAGGAGGAAAGAAGGUGAUCCUGAAAAAUGCGGGCAAAGACUCUACCGCAGACUUCGAUUUGAUUCACUCGAAUGACGUUCUUGAUAAGUGGCUCGAGCCAUCCAAGCACCUGGGCGAUAUCGAUACCAGCGCAGCAGGCACAUCCGCAAACGGAGCCAUUCAGUCUGAUGAACCGGAACAGAGCCAAAGCACUCUGAUAAGCAAGCCAAAGUUAUCACAAUGCGUGAAAAUAUCGGACUUCGAGUCUGUAGCACAACAGACGAUGAAGAAAUCUUCGUGGAACUACUAUUCCACUGGGGCUGAGGACGAAUUUACCAUCAAUGAGAAUAACGCGGCAUUCCAACGCAUACGGUUUCGGCCAAAGGUUCUUGUCAACGUUGAGCAUGUGGAUAUCUCUACCACUAUGCUUGGAGCACAUACAUCCGCUCCAAUCUACAUAACAGCCACUGCACACGCAAAGCUUGGAGACCCUGACGGCGAAGUGACGUUGGCGAGAGCAAGCAACAAGCAUGAUAUCAUCCAAAUGAUACCAUUGUACUCAUCAUGUCCUCUUGGCGACAUCACGAAUGCUAGGGAACCCGAUCGCACUCAAUGGUAUCAAAUUUAUGUCAAGAAGGAUCGGAAUGUGACGCGGAAGGCUGUUGAAGCUGCGGAGGCACGAGGUUGUAAAGCUUUGUGCAUCACUGUUGAUAAUCCACAUCUCGGAAGUCGCGAGAAGGUCCUAAGUUCGCAACAGAAUGAGUAUGAAGACGACGAAUUUCAAGAUGCACCAGCAACAGAGCUGGAUCCGUCUCUCAUAAUGAACUCAACUCUGUCUUGGGGUGAUAUCCCGUGGUUCCAAGAAAUCACCAGCAUGCCGAUCGUCCUCAAAGGCGUGCAGCGAGUUGAAGACGUCAUAAAGGCAGCAGAAUAUGGCGUCCAAGCUGUGAUUAUCUCUAAUCAUGGCGGACGACAACUCGAUUACUCAGAGGCUCCAAUUGAUGUCCUCGUAGAGGCUAUGCCCAUCUUAAGAGAACGAGGCCUUCAGGGUAAGCUUGAGGUGUAUAUUGACGGUGGGGUUCGCCGCGGGUCAGAUGUGUUAAAAGCUUUGUGUCUCGGGGCUCGUGGCGUUGGCAUCGGUCGCCCGUUUCUCUACGCGAUGGCUGCCUAUGGGCAAAUAGGACUUGAGAAAGCUAUUCGCAUCUACAAAGAUGAGCUUGAAAGGAAUAUGCGACUUCUUGGGUGCACCUCUAUUGAUCAGCUUCACCCACGGAUGGUAAAGGUGCUCGGCGAGGUUCGAGAAAGGCUAUAA